UCACAUUACUAUAGCUAUUCGAAACAAACACUACGCUGCCAAACAUGGCCGUCAUUACAGUAAUUACACUUUUCGUCACCAUGGCAACGAUUCCCUUGUUGAUGGAAUGUACUCCCGUGGAACAACCCAGCAGCGAGGUCCUAAAAUACUGCGGUUAUCUCAGCUGCAAGGACAUCCGUUUCGAAAAGGGUGAAAAGUUUUGCGCUAAAGACACCGUCCUCGGAUAUUGCAAGUGUGCCGAAAAUGACGGCAAAUGGCUUCCACGGUACGUCCAAUGCAACCUGGGAACCGUCUUCGUGCUGACCGAGAAAGGCUGUGUUACCGGAAACAAAGCCUCGCUGGCAGCUGCCUGCGAUGCAUAGUAUUUUUUUAUUCAUUGAAUCUAAUAAAUCUGUAAACUACGUCGGACAACUAUCCGUCCAGAGCUUAUCGGCUAC